AUGUAAGACGAUUUUACAUAUAAUUCUGAGAUUAUUAGAUCAUAGCUAAGUAUGCUGCCUCCAAUUGAAUAAUUUACACUACAAUAGUUAGCAAAUAAAAGAAAAAUAAAUUUUAACAUGAUGCUCUCAUUACCGGUUUAAUAUUAUAUUUUUAUUUGCAGUUUCUUCUAUAAGAUAAGGCAUUAGAAGAUAGAAAGGAUACUAUAGCCAUUUAUAGGAAACGUAAAUUUGAGCCUUUAAAACCACAAAAACAUAAAGUGACUUUAAUUAAUAGUGGUCGCAUUCAUUGUCCUGAAUUUUGGUCAGACAAAUAUUAGAGUACAGCCUUAAGAGACUCUCAUAUUGAUAGAAAUUUAGAUAAGUACAGAUAAAUCAUAAAAAAUAAUAUCUAAGAAUAUUUAGUAAAAUUUGAUAUGCAAACUAAAGAAUAACAGGAAGAAGCAAAAAAGUAUUAAUUUAUUAGAUUCAAGAAUUAAGCAUUAAUAAAUCUUAAAAAAACAAUGUUCCAUAUCUGAUGAAGAAUUUGCUCCUUCAAAUAAUGAAUUAAAUCUUAGUUAAUGCACUUAAGAUGAGAUUAUUAAUUUUUAUAGAGAUGUAAAAAAUCAUGAUCCUGUUUAAAAAAUAAGCUUCAAAAAUCUUGAUAAGAUUACUUGUAGUAGUGUAAAAUAGAGUUUUAUAGAAAAAUUCGACAAAGUCAUAAUCACUUGUGAUCGUAAUUCGAUUGCAUUUAAUAGAAAUUCUUUAGAUAGUAUAAAGUAUUGUUUUAAUUUUAUUUAAUUAUAUAGCACUUGUGGAUAUACAAAAAUUAAAUAAAGAAAUAAAUAUGGCAUUGGUAGCAAGACAAGCAGAAGUCAUUAUAAUUGA